AUGUCCCUGCAAACCACGCUCCGCACACUACGCCAAUCCACGCGCCUCCAACACGGGCUCUUCCAGACCUCACGUGCUACCUUCCCUCUUGCAAAAGCCUUCUCCACGUCUUGUCCCAACAAAAAACUAAUGGACACUUCCAACCCCGCCUCCAACAUCCCGGACCCGCAUCCCAACUCGAGUGCAGCUCCAAAUGCCAAAGUGCGGUCGGAUAGUCAGCAUACAGAUCAGCAGUCGAGUGCUUCGCGCGAUGAGGGCAAGCAAGGGGAUGAGCAUCCGGCGAAACAGCCCGACUUUCAGGCGCAGCCGGAGAGGACGACGGGGAUUGGGGGUGGGGAGCAGGUGAAGGGGGGAAAGGAGGGGUUGGGUGAGAGGACGUAG